GAAAGUUUCCUCACUACUGUGAGUUCAACUUUACCUUUAAGUUCCCAGGCUGGGUCACCUCUGGAGUCUUCCGAUUGGAUUGAGGAAGUUCUGGGGGCAGCUGGGAUUUUCAAAAUGCCUUUCUCACCCCUAGAUCAUUAAGUCUUGAGAUAGCAUCUCAGCGGGGAUCUCCGCAGGGGUUUGGAGGUGUUGGUACAAUUGUCCAAGGAAAAAGAUCCGAAUCUGAAGCUUGGGGUGGCUUGUAUCUUUGGGACAACCUGGAGAGUUUGAAUCAAUUUUUUUGUGUGUAUGUUUGUGUGAGUCUACCUGCCGUGGAGAAAUUGGCAUUUGGAUCUGGGUAUUUGUCUGGUGUUUAGCCCGCUCAGGCUUUGGAAAUCUUACACAGCUCAAGAUAUUCUUUAAAUUUGAUUGCCUGGGAAAUUAAAGAAAAGAGAGAGAUGUCUUCCCAAGAGCUACUAAGGGAUGAAUUGGACCUCGCCGGCAACUUUGCUGAUGAAGAUUGGUACAUAAAUGAACCAAUAGGAAACCCCAACGACAUGGCUUCCAACAUUAUCCCUGACUGCCAACUGACUAUCCCCAUUGAUCUCUAUCACUGCAGCAUGGCUCCAAUUUCUCUAGUUAUACUCUUGAUUCUCUCGCUGUUGGUGAAACGGAGGAAACUCUACCCGGAUUUUUGGAACGGAGCACCUGGACUAUUGAGCCCUAUGAAUUUCUUGGAAGAAACACAGAACAAAGGAUUGGCCAUUGCAGUCUUUGGCAUCCUCUUCUCUUCGUUGUGCGCGCUGUUGUUGGAUAAGGACCCCCUGCCUUUCAUCGCCAACUCUUCAAUACAGAAUCGAGAGUACUGGAAGAUGCUGGCUUUAUUCUAUUACCCUGCCUUCUACUAUCCCUUACUGGCAUGCGCUACUGUUCGACACAGAGUUGGAUACCUGCUUGGCUGCCUUCUGUCCUGGUGUCACUGUGUGGUCUACAUCUGGCAGAAGGUGGAAUGUCCUCAGUCAUCCAAGAUCUACAGAUAUUAUUCCCUGCUUUCUUACCUGCCUAUCAUUCUGGGCCUCGCCAUGCUGAGCCUUUGGUACCCCAUGAAACUGGUCCAGAGCUUCAAAGGGGGCACCAAGAUGGCGGCAGAGAAGGCUCCAGGAAGUAGCUAUUAUGAAGAAUACUUGAAGCACAUCCUGGCUAAAAGAACACCCAGGAAAAGCAUCAACGGAGUGAAGCCGAGCAUGCGUUCGAGCCUCCAAUCCUACCUGCGUACAUUUGUCUACAUACCCCAAGAAGGUUUCCAGAUUCCACUGAAGCUGGCCCUCUCUCUAGCUAUGGCUGUGAUAGCUGUCUACCAGGUGUCCCUUCUUCUACUUGCAUCCUUCAUCCCCAACAUCCAGAUCAUAAGAGCUGGGAUGACAAAAGAAAUGACAGCGCUCUUUGUCCAAUUUGGACUCAUUCCUUCUGAAAAGCCUGCCAAUAUUCCCGGAGACAAAGAGUUGGCAACAGUUAAGCACUACAUCUGGUCACUGGAAGUCUGCUUCAUCUCUUCCCUGGUCCUCUCCUGCCUGGUGACCUUCUGCAUGUUAAUGAAGUCCUUGGGAAACCAUAGAACUAAUCUCCAGUGUCUCUACCGAGGGGCUGUUGAAAAUAUUUUCCAUCGUUCCUGUAAACUCCAACCUUCCCAGCAAUCUCUCGUAUGCUGGAUGCAAUUCACGGGUUUCCAGAUAUCCUUUGCCUGCCUAGCUCUGCUCAUCCAACACAUUGUCUUCUUCAUUUGCAUCCUGUGUUUCGCCUUCCUGAUAAUUGUCCCACUGCAGUCCGGCAGCAACAUGCAUCUUUUCAAAAUCGUGGUGAACUUGUGGCCCUUCUGGUUGACCUUGGUUGUGUCACUCAUUGUCCAGAAUCUGCUGGUCCGCUACUACUUUCUGGAACGGGACCAUCUGCCCAGAGAGCUGACCAACAGGCGAGCGUUUUACAUUGUGACAUACAUGUUUUUCCCCGUCAAUGUGCUCCUGGGCUUAAUGGCAGGAAUCUGGAGAAUGGUGAUCUCGGCUCUUUAUAAUAUUGUACAUUUGUGCCAGUUGGAUGGGAGUCUGCUGAGCCGUGGGGUGGAGGGCUUUGAUCCAGGCUACCGUACCUACUGCCAAUAUUUGAAAAUCGAGGUCAGCCAAUCACACCCAGCAAUGAAAGCCUUUUGCCUCUUGCUUCUCCAUUGGCAUGGCGCCCAAAAUAUGCAGACUCUCCAGCUCAGAGAUGCAGAAGAAGGAAUCAAACUCAUGAAGACCACCAAUUCAGCACCCAAAGCAUCAAAGGGCCAACAGAACCGAGUCCGAUGGCACCUGGCGUACACCCUCCUCAACAACCCUUCCCUGCUGCCCUAUCGCAAAGGGGCCCUUGUGGAUGCAACAGCUAACGGGACCAAAGCUAGCCUCACUAAGCCUUGAUGGAACCGGCAAGGUUCCUUGGAAACAAUGGACUCCCAUCCGGAGAUGAUGGAUGGAUUCCAUCACGAGUUUUCUUCAACUUCUUCUUUCCGGCUUCUGCGUCUACCCUGACCUGUUUGUAGACUUUAGAAGAUGACAAGAGGCUUAGUUGUCCUCCUUUCCUUUCCCAUCCCACCCCACCCCAGGACAAACAACCCUUGAUGGGCAUUAAAUCCAAAGCAAAGUUUUGAAAUUGAUCCAAAGCUGGUCUUUUUCUCUCUAUAAUAACAAGACGUUCCUUAGAUGUGUGUGUCCUCCUGUUUUGUUUUGUUUUAACAUGGAAAACCUGUUGAUGUUGCCCUUCACACAUCUUGGGUUUCGAGGCCUCCUUGAAGUGGCCUGAGUGCACCCUAAAUCUUGGGGGGAGCUCACUUUUGGCAAGAAAGAAAGCUAAGGACGAUAGGCUUAGGGGUUAAAAGCAGAACAGAGACCGGAGUGGUCCCCAAAAUGGGGAUUUCAAGGUUUUUUUGCAAAUGUACAUAAGGGGCUCUUUUUGAAUGUUAGCGGUGGGUGGUGUUUGAGAUGGAGAAUUUGUAUAAAUGCAUUGAACAGGCUGUUUUUAUCUUGUUUAAAUUCCCACAUACAUUGCUCCACGUUGUCUAGAUGUUUAACAGAGCAGCCACCAUUCCUGGAAUUAAAAGAGUUGUAUUAUAAAUAUGGAGGAGGAGAAGAAGACGAAGAAGAAGAAGAAGCUGGACGAUCAAAAUAUAUGCACAAGAAAGAAACAAAAGCCACAGACUUUUUAAUCCCUCCAGUUCUGACAGGUUAUAUUGAGAAAGUCCUUACAUAGUUGUGUCUUUUUGACAUUUGUGUCUAGUUAUGGAGUUACUUCUCCUCAUUCUUAUCUUGACCAAAUAGGGUUCCCGACCAUUCUCCUUUAAAUUUAAAACAGCUCCAAUUUCAAGAGCUGGCCAGAUGACUUCCGCACACCUAGUGAACGUAGAGUAAUUAAAGAAUACAGAAACCUGAUUUCUACUACGAUGAAUAAUAAAUGAAACCUCAUUGUUAGUCUCUUAGAGAAGAUGUGCUUUUGUCUUCUUCUCCUGCCCUUCAGAGGCAUCUCUCUUGGCCCGUCGUACGUCAUAAGCUGGAAGGAAGCAUUUGAUGGAGAGGUUGUUUUGAUGAUGUUGGGACUUUAAAAAAAAAUAAAACUGGAUAAGAGAAA